AUGACUGACGACUUGAUGGAAGACGUGUCAAUGUCCCCAGUAUCAUCUCCCAUGGAGGUUGAAGAUGAUACUACUACUACUACAAGGAUGCCUCCCUUACGAAGGUCAACACGCGUGCGACGGCAAUUUACAGAACGACUUUCAGAAGCAAUGGAGAACAGCACAAACUACAAUGAGGAGAGUGAAGAAGACGAGUCAAUGAGUUUGGAUUCACCAGCGACCAUGAACCGCUAUACGACACGGCUAAAGUCACCUGAAAGCGAUACGGAUACGCAGCAGUCAACCUUCAGGCAGCAAGUGCGUAAAAGACGUAGUUUGACACAAAGAUUGGCUGAAGCAAAGGGAGCUGCUUCUUCAUUACAAAAGGAGGAUGAUCAAGAAUGGUGCGAACCAUCAUCAUCAUCAAGUGCACCUCCAAGGAGACGACGUAAGAUGCGACAUAUGAGUGAGGAAUCAGAGGAGAAUACACGACCAGGCAGCAUUGGAUUGGAGUGUAACAAUGGGAAAACAAACAAGGUUGGUCGUCGACGUCGCUUGAGACCACAGAGCGCUAUUCUUCCUCCUACAACUGGAUCCACAGGUGCAACUUGGGUCGAACGUACCGUCAACAAGAGUGAUGAUCAAGAUGAUGAGGAUAUGAGUGGCACCUAUGGGUUACAUAAACAAUCGCCAACUUCCAAAGUGGUUAGCAUUGAACCCAUCAUCAUUGGUACCACCACCGCCACCACAUCCUCCUCUUCCGCCAAAAAUAGUCAACAACAGCAGCAACAACAGCACCACAACAGCAACAGCAAUCAUCAUCCACACUCUAUAGCAACAGUAACCAGCACCACAGGUGAAGGAGAAGGGUUACCAAGGCGACGUCGUCCUCGACCUGAUUCUUUGGCAGAAAAGUUGGAUCGAUUCGCGCAACAACCUGCCGUUGAUCUAGUGGAUCUUAGUCAACACUUGUACAUUCCAAGUAUCGUUUCACCACAAGAACAGCGACAAUCAUCGCCUUUAUCAUCCACAUAUCAAGAACCUAUCGUCAUUGAUGAUCCAACACCACCUUCAUCACCCAUUGCAACUACUACUACAACUACUACCACCACAACAACAACUAUGAACUCCUCUCCUCAAGCUGCUGCAAAUGCUUUAUUGGAUCAUCCUUCAAGCUCUGAGAAUACCAAUACUACUACUACUACUACUACUACUACUACUUCUGAUGCUACUUUGGAAGAAACGACGACAGCAGCCGAUCUUCAUCAUUCAUCAUCCGAUACCAAUACGACUCUCGAGAAUGGUACUAUAUCACCACUACAAGAUACUACGAUUCAGCCUUUAAAUGAUCAUCAGCAGACAAUGGAUCCGGGGGAGGAAAGUAGCCAUGAUACCGUCAGCACACCGGCCAAUAGUCAAUCGCCGGAUCAUCACCAUCAUCAACAUCAUACCAGCAUGGAUAUCAGCAGUGACCAACAACAAGAAAACCAAUUACAGGAUCAGAAGCCACCAUCCACUUAUCUUGGUCGUGUAUUUGGUACAGUCUCGCGGUUAUUUUGGGGUUCCUGA